CAGUAUGCUACGGCGGGCCCUCUUGUCGAGGCGCACGCUUGCCGUCCUUUCAGGCUCAACAGUAGUUGCAGCAGUUGGGGGAUACUGGUAUCUGAAUUCUGGGCCAUCCUACCCGCCGUCGACCAAGGAGACGCGACGACCGCCCCCGCCAUGGACACCGCCGCCAAGAGCUCAGAUGCUUGAAAGGCUUAAGGCUUCGUCAAGGAAGACAGGUGAAAGCUAUUCGGAAGAGUUUGAUUUACUCGUCGUCGGCGGAGGUGCAACCGGUGCCGGCGUUGCCGUGGAUGCUGCUAGCAGAGGCUUGAGGGUUGCCCUGGUAGACAGGGACGACUUCAGCUCAGGCACGUCUUCCAAAUCGACUAAGUUGGUCCAUGGGGGCGUUCGAUACUUGCAAAAGGCCGUCAUGGAACUUGAUUACGAACAAUACAAACUCGUGAAAGAAGCUUUACACGAACGACGUAUCUUCCUGCAAACCGCGCCGUAUCUGUCCGCCAUGUUGCCUAUCAUGCUUCCCAUUUACAAGUACUGGCAAAUUCCGUACUAUUGGGCUGGUUGUAAGAUGUAUGAUGUUCUGGCCGGAAAGGAGAACAUGGAAUCAUCGUAUUUGAUGAGCAAAGGCAAGGCUCUCGAAGCUUUCCCAAUGCUCAAGCAGGAUGGUUUGGUUGGUGCACUGGUUUAUUACGACGGACAGCACAAUGACUCGCGAAUGAAUAUUGCCCUCAUCAUGACCGCAGUUCAGCAGGGGGCGACUAUCGCGAAUUAUGUCGAGGUCACGGAACUACACAAGGAUGCUCAAGGAACGGGCAAGCUCUGCGGUGCGCGUGUCCAGGAUAAGCUUACGGGUGAUACCUGGACUAUUCGUGCAAAGGGGAUUAUCAACGCUACUGGGCCGUUCACAGAUGCAUUGCUGAAGAUGGAUAACCCGUCACAUCAGCCUGUUGUUCAGGCGUCCUCCGGUAUUCACAUCACGCUUCCAAACUACUACUCAUCCCGAACUAUGGGUCUCCUCGACCCCGCCACAUCCGAUGGUCGCGUUAUUUUCUUCCUCCCAUGGCAGGGUAAAACCAUUGCAGGAACCACCGACAGCCCUGCUGAAGUCGAGGCCGAGCCGAAGGCUGCUGAGGAGGAAAUCCGCUGGGUGUUAGAGGAGGUUCGCAGAUACCUGAGCCCUGACAUUAAGGUUCGCCGUGGCGACGUUCUGAGCGCGUGGAGCGGUUUGCGUCCACUCGUCCGCAACCCGAAUGCCGCGCGUACUGAGGGCCUCGUUCGGAACCACAUGAUCCAUGUCUCAGAUAGCGGCUUGCUCACUAUCGCUGGUGGCAAGUGGACGACGUACCGUGCCAUGGCUGAAGAGACAGUUGACGAAGCGGUCAAGGUGUUCAGACUCCAAGACAGGGUUAAGAGCGGAUGCGUUACAGACCAGCUGCGCCUUAUCGGAAGUGACGGCUGGAGCAGGAAUAUGUUUAUUGGUCUGAUUCAACGGUAUGGCCUGGAAAGCGACAUCGCUAAGCACCUAUCGGACAACUAUGGUGACCGCGCCUGGACUGUCCUGGAGUACGCACAACCCACAGGCAAGUCCUGGCCUCUCUACGGCAUUCGCUUAUGUGAAGAUUUUCCUUUCGUUGACGCGGAGGUCCGUUACGCUGUUCGCAAUGAGUAUGCGCAGUCUGCGGUAGACGUCAUCGCCCGCCGCACCCGUCUCUCGUUCCUGAACGCACAGGCCGCUCUGGAGGCUCUCCCUACUGUCAUCGACAUCAUGGGCGAAGAGCUGGGCUGGGACAAGAAGCGCAAGCAAGACGAGAUUGAGGGAGCGACGCGGUUCCUCGCUAGCAUGGGUCUGCACCUCGGUGUCAUCGAGCGGUCAUACAAGGAAGAACCCGUGAAGGGCAUCUUGAACACUUUACGCACAAUCACCGGUCUCAAACCGAUUACUGAACGCCGACCAGCCGCCGAGAUGGUGUAUAGUCGGGCACAAUUUGAUGCAGGCGAGAUUGAGGAGCUACGCGAGGCGUUUGGGCAGCGCGCCAUGGUCGAGCCGUCUGUGUCAGACACUGGGUCGACGUCGCUGUCGCGUGUUAGGACACGUGAGCUAUUCGACCUCAUCAAAGCACUUCCCAGCUUCGAGACCAUCAAGCCUAAGGACUACGAAUACGUCCUUGAGGAGGCGGGAUUCAAGAACCAGACCGACGUCGACUUCGACGAAUUUGUUGAGAUCUGUGCAGAGCUUCGCGAAGUGCUCUUUGCGCCAGUCGCUACUACAGCUAAAUCCGAUCGUCGCAGAAUACCCGUCGAGAAAAGUGGGGGCGGUGUAUGAUUGCGAGUUUGCAAAGGUUUAAUCUUUAACUAAUCGUAUGUGUAUUACUAUACGGAUACAUCACAUCCGUGUCAGACAACUGCCGUCCUUGACUUGAUGUCUG